GGGUGUCCUCUGUAAACCUGUCCCACACAGUGCACAGUGUGAUUUCUCGUCAAGUGACGUUACGUCGCUACACGAUACGGUUUUGUGCUGUAACAGGCACGUUAUGUUGUGCUCGCAAAUGUGUUCACACUGAUGAAGGUCACUUACACACUGUCAGUAUAGUCGACCAAGCGGUCGUAUGACGUAGUGCAUAAAAACGACACACCUUUUCGGCCGCGAUCUUUCCAAUAAUACUCUGUUAGCCCUAGGGCUGACUACUAAGUUUGUUAACUUGAACACUAUUGGUUAACACCUACAUUUGGGGGCUUCAUACCCAAAGUAAAUAAUGACGCUAGAGUCAUGCGCAGUCUUAACCGUACCUGUUUGUCUAGCUACGCUUGGCUGAAUACUAAUUAGUUUUCGCGCUGUUGGAGGACACCUACAUUUGGACUCAUGCCAAAAGUAAACAAUGGCCUUGGAUGGAGUUCCCCUUUCUAUUCACACACAAUCACGGGGACUUUUCAUGUUUUUCAGGUGCGCAAUAUUUUGGCUGUGGCUGCGAAGAAGGUAGCAUCUAGAGCCUCGACGUCUUGAAAAACCUUUCUUGCAGUUUCAGCCUUAACCAUGGGGGUGGUUAAUACCAAAGUGUUGCCUGCGGGGAGAUCAGUGGCGAUGUCCGGACCACAUCGCGCGGUCCAUACCUGGUGGGCGGGGGGAGUCCGGACUACUACCCGGGCCCCCAACGUGCGUACUCCCAGCCCGGCGGAGUACCACAACGCCAAGGUCUCCUCCGCACAGAGAGUUCCCAUAGGCAUGCUGUGGAACGUGGAGGGAAACGGACAACAGGACACUUUGCACAUGGCGGGGGAUAAUGUAUUUGUAUCCACUUUGCCGUUCUACACGUUUGACGACACUAUUGGACCGCAGGCACUACGGGAGGGAGGCGGCAUGUCGGACACCAUGCACCCGCCUGACCUGAAGUGGCUGGACGCUUUCUACCAGGAAUACUCUGACAACGCCGGAUGGAACUAAAGUCAUGACAUUUCAGCGUAGUGUUGACUGGCUUGCCGACGUCACCUAAACAACUCUUCACUAUGGCAGCUACAUGCAUUGUUGAGUUCUCAAUGUAGAAUUUUGUACCUUUAACUCUAUGCGCCUACGAGUCUGAUUUAGGGGUGGGGUGGGGUUUUUAUUAAAGAAUAUGUGCAAAACUUACGCGUACGAGAUAAGUUGUUGGGAGGAUUGGGUACCCGAAAAAUGUAUAAGUCGUGUAUCUAGUGUAUCUUUUAGCUUCUGCUUUGAAGUUGCAAAUGUAUGUACAUCUACUUACCGUACUUAUUGUAAAAGCGAAGUGGCACUAUUUAUCUGUGGUCUGAUGAUAAAAAUAAACUGUGCUAACAGUCAGGAAAAGUGUUUCAUUCUUUAUAUAUGUAUGUAACUUUUAUACACAGACACACACAAAAAGAGGGAAAGAAAGAAAGGAGUCAAUAAAAUAAACGCUGCAAGCAAGU